GCGGCUACCGGAGUGGCUGAAAUGUGCGUACGACAGAUGGUGGAUGAGGGCUUGUCAGAGCAGGAAGCUUGCAAAAACAUCUUUAUGAUGGACAUCGAUGGCUUGAUCACCAAGAGUCGCGCUUCGACCUUGUCAGAUCGACAUCUUCGAUUUGCUAAGGAUUUACCCGAUACAAGGAGCCUCCUGGAAGUUGUCAAAACGGUGAAGCCCGCUGCUAUUAUUGGUGCCUCGACAGUGGCUGGUGCGUUCACCGAAGAAGUCAUUAGCGAAAUGGCGCGGAUAAAUACUAGACCAAUCAUCUUUGCUCUCUCAAAUCCUACAAGUAAAGCUGAAUGCACUGCCGAAACUGCAUUUCGAGUGACAAAUGUGAGUCACAUAUCUACAAGAUGA